AGAAGAUUUACGGCGAUGUGGUCGAAGGAACGAUGUGGCCGGACGUCGCCGGUAAAUCUCACACGUCCUGCGAUCAUUUCAAAGUGAAGCUGCCAGCAGUGAAGGAAAAGAAGAAAGAAAAGGAGAACGAGUCGAAGUGCUGUAAGAUCUUCGCCCUGUUUCAUUAUCGCAAGCCUCGGGACCCGCUCCGUGGUUCCAGCGCAGCCUCGUCAGUGCCCCUGCUCGAUAUGGGCGCAAGAGCAUGGGACUACGAGGCCCUGCCGGAACUCCACACUUCGACGGCGGUUACGCCGACCUCGACGCCACCGAGCGUGUCCCAGCAGAAAGCGCCUAGGGUAUAUUUUCAAGCAGAGAAUCUGUCGUCUACUAGACGAAGAAGCAGCAAUAGACUGCUGACGCCACAGCAAUCCUGCAGGAGACGGAGCCGGAGCAUGAGCGCCUGGAGCGAUUUGUCCAGGUCGUCUUUCAGGUUGGACGAAAGCGAUAUUAACUAGAGCAUAAAGCGAACUAUAAUCCAAUCGUAUUGGAUUCUCCAGAUCAAUGAACUGCGA